UCCGCCCCCCUUGCAAAGCUGCGCUGGCCGAUCGCGGAGGGGAGGCUGCAAAGCGAGGGCAGGAGAACUAUUUCCCAGCAUCCCAGCCUCCUGCCAUGUCUGACCCCAUUACACUUAAUGUUGGGGGGAAGCUUUAUACAACCUCGCUGGCCACCCUGACCAGUUUCCCUGACUCCAUGCUGGGCGCCAUGUUCAGUGGGAAGAUGCCCACCAAGAGGGACAGCCAGGGCAACUGCUUCAUUGACCGCGAUGGCAAAGUGUUCCGCUACAUCCUCAACUUCCUGCGGACCUCCCACCUGGAUCUGCCCGAGGACUUCCAGGAGAUGGGCCUGCUCCGCAGGGAGGCUGACUUCUAUCAAGUGCAGCCCCUCAUCGAGGCGCUGCAGGAGAAGGAGGUGGAGCUCUCCAAGGCAGAGAAGAAUGCCAUGCUGAACAUCACACUAAACCAGCGCGUGCAGACAGUCCACUUCACUGUGCGUGAGGCACCUCAGAUUUACAGCCUCUCCUCCUCCAGUAUGGAGGUCUUCAACGCCAACAUCUUCAGCACCUCCUGCCUCUUCCUCAAGCUGCUUGGCUCCAAGCUCUUCUACUGCUCUAAUGGCAAUCUCUCCUCCAUCACCAGUCACUUGCAAGACCCCAACCACCUGACUCUGGACUGGGUGGCCAAUGUGGAGGGCCUGCCAGAGGAGGAGUACACCAAGCAGAACCUCAAGAGGCUCUGGGUGGUGCCAGCCAACAAGCAGAUCAACAGCUUCCAGGUGUUCGUGGAAGAGGUGCUGAAAAUUGCUCUGAGUGAUGGCUUCUGCAUUGAUUCUUCUCACCCACAUGCUCUGGAUUUCAUGAACAAUAAGAUUAUUCGAUUAAUACGGUACAGGUAAUAGGACCUAGCAACAUCAAAGAGGGUGGUCCCAAGAAGCUCCUUGUCAGCCAAGGUCUUAGAGAGUGUCUCACCGAUGGCAUGAGGCAGGGUCUAUACUAAUCUGCAUUAAUUGUGUAGCAGGACUUGAUUCCCCCCACGAUGAAGUCCACCGUUUGGAAUUCACAUGUCCUCUAAACAGAACCACCUUUUUCUUGCCAUCUUGAGCUGAAACUGAGCAGUUUAGUAUGACAAGUGAAGAGUCAGCUACUAUGUAUUAAAGGAAGCCAGCAAGAAGCUUUCUAGCAGGAACAGAGGAGCGGCAGUCUUCUCCUGGGCUCCAUCUCUCUGUACCACUAGCCAGUGCCUCCUUUACCCAACUGUAAAGAGGGCCUCUGACAGAGGGCUGGGGCUGAGAAUAAGAGGUUCCCUGCAGUUUCCCAGGACAUGAAGUCAGCAGCUCCCUCCACACCUGUGUUUCCAGAAUAUGUCUAGCACCUCAGACUUCAGCCAGCUGGGACUGUAGUGUGUCCCUGGAGCUCCACUUGUGGGAGGACAGUGAGCUAUGGCAUGGCCUAGAGCAGUGAGCAUCCAGUCAGAGCUCAGACAUGGAAUGUCCUUCUUGAGGGGCUGCAUCUAGAGAUUUCUGGCUGAAUCUGGUACAAGUCAUCCCUGCAAUGAUGUGAAAGGAUCUGGAGCCAGCAUGAUAAAAGGCACCUGUUGCCUGAUGUUCAUAAUCUUCUUACCACAAAUCUGAGGUAUUGUUGAAAUAGGUCAGUUUAAACAAAUAAGUCAUGGAUUCUCAGGGUUGGAAAAUAGUUAAGCAGUCAUAGUCCUCUCCCACCCCCAGGACUUUUGGGGAUGCGCUGCCCUCUUGAGUACUUCCAUGGGAUCGCCUGUGCACGCUUGCCUCCCUCUGGGUAUGGGAGAUUCGCCAUCCCCAAGGCAAGUCCAACCAGCAUUGAAUGGUUCCAGCUGUUGGAAAGUUCUUCCUUAUACUGAGCCAGAAUCUGGCCUGCCCUUUCCAUGGGCUAGAUCUUGAUUGGAGAUCUUUUCUCACCCAUCUGUGUAUCUUUGCUUUCAAAAUAGUCACCUUAAGGCAAGACCCUUACUUGGAAAAUAUGCUUGCUCAGAAUUUGGCUCCCCAUUGGCAUCUGUCUUUAGAACCAAGAUAGGUCCUGUCCAUCUCUCAUAAGCCAGUCUCCUUGUGUCAUGGCUUCACCUUGUUUGUGACCCACACACAAACACACACACACAAC